AUGGCGUUGAAGUUUCUGAACAAGAAGGGAUGGCACACGGGAAGUCUCCGUAACAUUGAGAAAGUAUGGAAAGCUGAGCAGAAGCAGGAAGCUGAAGAGAAAAGGCUUGAGGAGAUUCGUCUCCAAAUCCAGCAAGAGAAGGAACGUUCUGAGUUUCACGCUAUGAUGGAACAGUCCGGUCUCGUUCCGAAUAGGCCAGAGAGAUUGGAGUUCAUGUAUGAUCCAGUGCCAGCAGCAGCAGUAGCUACAGAGAAUGCCAAUAGACAUGGUGUUAGGUUUCAGAAUCAACAUCAGCGUAGCAAUAACAAGAAGCAGAAGCAGUCAGUUCCUGGUGCCUUGUUUGAUGAUAAGACACACUUUGCCAAUGAUUCGUGGCGUAAAUCUCACUCUGACCCUUUGCUUCUCAUCAGGCAGCAAGAGCUUGAAGCUCGCAAAUCUGUGAAAGAAAAGCGAAAUGAUAAAGAUGGAGAGGAGACGAUGGAGUACAAAAGAAAACAUAUGCGUAGAGUGUAA